AUGCCAACAAAGAUAUACCAGAUAAUCCAGCCAUCCGUUCUAAAACGCCAUCAGGGCUCACUGUGCAGGGAAGAGUGCCUGGAUGAGGAAUAUGCAUCAGAUUCAGAUUCAGAAUUGACAUACGAGCAAUGUCUCACAACUGGAAGGGCAAAUAUGCAAAAAUUGAACACGAAGCUGAAGGCAAUCAAAGAACACCCUGAUAAUCUUCCUAAUAAGGCGAACUCCAAAUCGAUGGACAACGGAUACAAGAUGACUGCCGGAAUGGAGGCUGGUGUGAAAUUCGCUGAAUUUGAGAGUGUCGAACGGAUUUUCAAUGACCUCAAACUGGACAUGAAGACAACUUUCACGGGUAGAAAGGUCUAUGCCGUUAACGGCACCCAAACGUGUGGGAAAGAUGGGGUUAUCAUCGCGAAGUGGAAUAACAUGAGAUCGAGCAACAUCGCCCCAGAAGCGCAGAAGAUCACAACCUGGAGCGAGCUUCUCUAUCAGACAAUGAGGAAAAAUUACGGGGACAAGGUUCCAGAUAUCAAAUACAUUAUACGGGAUGCCAUUAACAAUAAGGGUACGAAGGGCGUUAUCCAAGAGGCUCACACCACGCUUCCUAGAUGCGUCGUGAAUCAGAAAGGAACAUUCGAUCCAUUUUCAAAUGUGGGUGAUCACGCAGAAGCAAACGCUGCCAAAGCUCUGAUCGGAACUAGGAAUGGAAGGGGGGUGGCAUACCUGCUGGACGACUAUCCAAACACAUUUGGCCAAAAAACAAUAACAAAGGUCCAUACUUGGUACGAACCAGGUUUUAUUUGGGCUAUGGCGUUCGAGCUGGGGCCUCUCCCUCUAAGGCCUAGGUGA